UACUGCGUGACGGAAGUACUUACUAGUGAUGGGGAAACUCUAUUUCCUCCUUUUGCUGACAAGUUUUAAUUAUUCAAACUGAGCCGAACACCUACAGCACAUGCGCAGAAACUCGCACAGUGAGUAAGAGAACGUGUCAACGGAGACGAGUACCUGUGGGUCCCGAUACAGUCAAAACUCGUGAAUUUGGAACCGCUCGUUCAUGAAUCGCACAUAUUUUGUGUUGGUAGUGGCUUGGUGUUUCAGCUAAUCAUACAUUUUACCAGCAAGAAACUUCUUUAGGAAGAGAAGCAGAAGAUUACCAAUGAUUUGUAUAUUGCUGGUGGCCGGUCACGGCACUGUUUUAGAGACUCACAUAAAGAACGAUGAUACAGGCUUGUACAGCCACCUCAAUGGGGUACCAAAGGCCUUGCUUCCUGGCAUUGGGGGAAAGAAGAUCCUGGACUUUUGGUGGGAAACGGUCAACAUGCGUCAGUUAUUCACAGAGGUUUAUCUUGUCACGAAUGCAGACAAAUAUAAGCAUUUUGAGCGCUGGGCUACAGCUAAUGAUUUCCCUGUGGAAAACUUAAUAAAUGAUGGCAGCACCACCCUGGUAGACCGUCUUGGCGCUGUGGCUGACCUCGAGCUGGCCAUACGCAGUCGCAAGCUGCAGGAUGAUGUUAUGGUGAUAGCGGGAGACAUGUUGUGUGCAGACCACAACUUUGACAUUGGUCAAGUUAUCCGUUUCUUCCGCUCAAAGCCUGGAGAGCUGAUCAUCUACUAUGAGAUGGAGGAAAGCGAGAAAAGCAGCUCCAGGGGAAUUGUAGAGGUCUGCCCUGAUUCCCACAGGAUAACUCGCUUCUUGGAGAAACCCCAGGAAGGGCUGACAUCUUCCCGAUUGGCAAGUGUGGUGUUUUACUGCUUGCAGAAAGACACGCUGCCCUACCUGUCUGACUUCCUGAGUCUGUGGACGAAAGCCACAGACAGGUCCUUUGGAAGAUUCUGGGAGAGGCUGAUCAAUGAGAAUCUGCUUGAGGUGUUUGGAAUGAAGCUUCCUACUGGCUUCCAUCUCAUUGGACAAGUGGGUCUGUCAGACUACACCAAGUGGCUCACCCGUUUUGCCACCAAGCAAGAAGACAAAUCUGCCAGACCCAUCACAUUUCGGUCUUACGCCAGGGUUGGAUUGAUGGGGAAUCCAUCAGAUGGCUUCAACGGGAAAACCAUUGCUAUGUCUAUCUCAAACUUCUGGGCCGAGGUCACCCUCGUAAAGAGCCAAACUUUGGUUCUACUCCCUCACCCGCUCAAUGACCCCACAGAGUUUGGAAGCUUGCAAGAUUUGUUCAGUAUCAGUAGGAAAGAAGGAUACCUUGGAGGCCUCCGGCUAUUACAAGCCACUUGCAAGAAAUUCUAUCAAUUCUGCUCCAAACAAGGCAUUGCUUUGACAAAGCAGAACUUCACACUGAAGUAUGACACAAACAUUCCUCGGCAAGUGGGUCUUGCUGGGAGCAGCGCCAUUGUCUCAGCCACCCUGAAAUGUCUCAUGAAAUUCUACAACCUCAUAGAUGAUGAUCUCCCAAAGCCAGUCCGAGCCAACUUCAUUCUCAGUGUGGAAAGUGAAGAACUCUUCAUUACUGCAGGCCUGCAGGACAGGGUUGUGCAGGUCUAUGAAGGUUUAAUCUACAUGGAUUUCAGCAAGAAGCUCAUGGAAGAGCAGGGUUAUGGCAACUACAUCUCGAUGGAUAUGUGUGGCUUGCCUCCAUUCUGGUUGGCCUACUUGAGUGACCCCAGCGACUCUGGGCGCAUUCAUAGCAACAUCCGUCAGCGCUGGCUUAACGGGGAGCCUUUGGUGGUCGAAGCAAUGGAGACUUUUGCUCAACUUACUGAUGAAGCCAGGGUGGCUCUAACAGACAGAGACUGGAAGCGUCUAGCACAGCUAAUGGACCAAAACUUUGAGCUAAGGAGGUCUGUGUACUCUGAUGAGUGCCUUGGUCCUGGCAACCUCAAGAUGGUUGAGCUGGCAAAGCAAUUUGGAUCAGCAGUGAAGUUACCAGGCAGUGGAGGGGCCGUGGUGGGACUGUGUCUGGACCUGACGAAACUAGUGGAGAUGAGGCAAGCUUUCCAGGAGGCUGGCUGUGUCUUCUGUGUCAUCACUCCCUACAACCCAUCAGCCUGCACCGUCAGCAGUCCGCUGUAAACUCACACCGCUCCAGGACCCAAGUCAGGUUGCUCAUGGCCAACACUGGCCAUUGUAUGUUGGUAUGAAACACUAAUGUAAAGUACUUCAAUACACUACAACCAUAGUUUGUUGGAUCAUUAGCUUGAUGACAUUGGAAUUCUGAUUCCCAAUUAAAUUUUGUCCACAUAGUAUGCCUGAGGUACAGUAUAUAGUACUGUAGUUCUCAACUGGUGGGUUGCAGAGCUGUUUUCAGUGGAAAAAAUAACGUAAUGACCCAAUGUCCGUGAAUGCACCUUGCAUUCUUGUCUGGUAUUUGUUGUAAGAUUUCCACAAUUUGGGUCACCGCUUGUCUUUAGGGGAGUGAGCGUUGAUCCCGCAGCUAAACCAGUUGAGAACCACUGCUGUAGAUACUGAACCCCCAGGUGCCUCAUCAAUGGAAAAAAAUGCUUGUGUAUAGUGUGAGGCAUGAAGGCUUAAAUACUGCAAAUCCAUAAACAUGCAAAUUAUCAGAACGUGUUAAUAUUCUUAAAAUUAGUGUUAUAUUCUAUUAGCUGGUAGAUCAAUAAUAAAAGAUUAUUGUGAUGUUUGACAAAUACGACUGGUGCUUAAUCAAGCUUUGAUGUAAACGUCAAAUAUUGUAUCGAUAAAUUACAUUAUUUUUGUAUCAUAAUAGUUUUAUAUGAGGAAUCUAUGUUUUGUACACAAAUUAAAAACAAUUUUGUGUGAUGCA